AUGGCCUCCUCGUCCUCGAAAAAGCGCAAGCGCGGCGCAGACGAUGCACACAAGGCCUCGCUCAAAAUCUCGUCGCAGCCAGUGUCCCAGCUGGGCCCGGUACUCGCGAGCUUCCCCGCCCUCCACCCGCCCGAAUCCACCGCCUUUCAAUGCUGGUCGAGAGACGAGAAAAAGAACAGCGAUGAGCCGUUCGUUAACCGGCGAACGUUCGUCGGUGGAGAGGCCGACGCCGUCGAAUUCAGCACCUCGCACGACUCCGAGCUCCAGCAGUCCGCCGCGGGAUGCAGCUAUCUCAUUGGCGUGCACGACAAACGUACAAACACGACGACGCUGCGGCCUGCUCCGCUGCACAUCCUCGUCCGUCAGGUCAAGGCGCUCAAAAAUCUCGCGCCCAUGCAGAUAUCCUCCGAGGACCGCAUGCACAUGCGCAACCAGCUCGGCGAGACAUUCGGCACCAAGCGCGCAAAGGCCGCCAUACGUGCUCAGGAGCGCAACCGCGUCGACGUCGAUGCCAUGCGCGGCGUUGCCAGCCAUCUGCAGGACACUAUUCAGGAGAACACGGGCAGCUUGCCCACGCGUGAGGAAGCGAAGGCCUCUGCAGACAGCAAUCGCCUUAUCCCUCCACAUGAUGCGAACGCGCAGCGUCCGGACGACGUCUACGCUAUCCAUGAUAUCAUCCCAGACAACGAACUCAAUGCGUUGUCCGUCUCUGCGUUCAAAGCGGCGGAGACCGACUUGCAGCGCGUGGCCCUUCUGCCCUACUCGAAGUCACACUGGGUCAAUCAGCACCUUCGCCUCCUCUUCAGCGCACCCAAGCUCAAAAAGUCAGAAAUGAAGAUCUUGCUAUAUAUUUCCUCCAUGUUCGCGUUCAAGACUGCUCAGAGGAUAGUGAGCGACAAGGAGGCUCUGCAGAAGCGAUUAUCUUCCGUGCCUGGGCCUGUCCUCGAUGGACUACUGUCACGCUUCACGGAAAGUGCGAGAAACACCAGCGUAGUCCAGGUGACCACGCAAUCCGAGACUAUGCUUCUGACAUACAUGUUUGCGCUGUGUCUCCGCCUCGACGACUACGCGACCGACACGACACUCAUCGCGCACGACCUGAGCAUGCCCGUCACCAACGUCAACACACUUUUCAAGUCGCUUGGCUGCAAAGUCGAGAAGCUGGGCCCGACGGAGCUCAAGUGGUUGGGUCUGCCGGACACCGCGGGGCAGACGAAGCGGGCGAUUCUCAAGGUGCCGGUGGAGUUCCCUCAGGCGAGGAACAAACGCACAAGACGGUAG